CCGGAAGCGGGAGUCUGCAGGGGCGGGCCGGCUGGCGUCCACUUUCCGGCUGGUCCCCAUGGAGGCGCUGGGGAAGCUGAAGCAGUUCGAUGCCUACCCCAAGACUCUGGAGGACUUCCGGGUCAAGACCUGCGGGGGCGCCACGGUGACCAUUGUCAGUGGCCUUCUCAUGCUGCUGCUGUUCUUGUCCGAGCUGCAGUAUUACCUCACCACUGAGGUGCAUCCUGAGCUCUACGUGGACAAGUCGCGGGGAGAUAAAUUGAAGAUCAACCUCGAUGUUUUUUUUCCCCACAUGCCUUGCGCUUAUCUGAGCAUCGAUGCCAUGGACGUGGCUGGGGAACAGCAGCUGGAUGUGGAACACAACCUGUUCAAGCAACGGCUAGACAAGGAUGGCAUGCCCGUGAGCUCAGAGGCGGAGCGGCAUGAGUUCGGGAAAGUCGAGGUGAAGGUGUUCGACCCAGACUCCCUGGACCCUGAUCGCUGUGAGAGCUGCUAUGGGGCUGAGACAGAAGACAUCAAGUGCUGUAACACCUGUGAAGAUGUGCGGGAGGCAUAUCGCCGCCGGGGCUGGGCCUUCAAGAACCCAGACACUAUUGAGCAGUGUCGGCGAGAAGGCUUCAGCCAGAAAAUGCAGGAGCAGAAGAAUGAAGGCUGUCAGGUGUAUGGUUUCUUGGAAGUCAACAAGGUGGCUGGAAACUUCCACUUUGCCCCUGGGAAGAGCUUCCAGCAGUCCCAUGUGCAUGUACAUGCUGUGGAGAUCCAUGACCUGCAGAGCUUUGGCCUAGACAAUAUCAACAUGACCCACUACAUCCAGCACCUGUCGUUCGGGGAGGACUACCCAGGCAUCGUGAACCCCUUGGACCGCACCAACGUCACUGCACCCCAAGCCUCCAUGAUGUUCCAGUACUUUGUGAAGGUGGUGCCCACAGUGUACAUGAAGGUGGAUGGGGAGGUGCUAAGGACAAAUCAGUUCUCUGUGACCAGACAUGAGAAGGUUGCCAAUGGACUGAUGGGUGACCAGGGGCUUCCCGGAGUCUUCGUGCUCUAUGAGCUCUCGCCCAUGAUGGUGAAGCUGACCGAGAAGCACAGGUCCUUCACGCACUUCCUGACGGGUGUCUGCGCUAUCAUUGGGGGCAUGUUUACAGCCCUUGUCUCUCUCUCUCUCUCUCUCUCCAGUGGCUGGACUCAUCGAUUCACUCAUCUACCACUCGGCACGUGCCAUCCAGAAGAAAAUUGAUCUAGGGAAGACAACGUAGUUGUCCCCUUUCCCAUCUGUUACGCCCUCUUUCUCCUAUUUCUCUUUGGCCUUGUGGUCCUUUACCCCAGCCUCUUCCACCCCACCCACCUUACCCACCCUGCUCAGAAAGUCAGUCCCAGCCCCAGCUGAUAAAUUUAUUGUGAUAGUA